AUGCACCUUGUUCUACUCGUUACUUCUCUGUUUGCCGCUGCUAAGAUAUCAGCUGUCGUCCUUAUUGAACAGCCCUUCAAAGAAGCCUUGAGCAAGAGGCAAACGCUUUCCAAGGACGCUCUCCAGGUUGAUCUAGGAUACGGCAUUUAUCAGGGCUUGUCUGACACUGCUGUUGGCAUCAACACAUGGAAAGGCAUCCGCUUUGCCGCUCCUCCAACAGGUGCACGCCGGUGGCAACGGCCGGAAGCGCCUGCCGUGAAUCGCACUUCAGUGACUUCGGCCACUGAUUUUGGAGCGAUGUGCUCCCAAGUAGGCUAUUCGGGGAUAUCUAUGGAGAUCGAUCCCCGUGGAACUGAAGACUGUCUGUUCCUUAACGUUCAGAGCCCGACCAACGCGACAAACCUUCCUGUUCUUGUUUGGAUCCACGGUGGAGGGUAUGGAACUGGAAAUGGACAGCAGGACUUCACCGACAUGAUGAAAAUCACUGGUAAUACCUUUGUUGUUGUCUCCAUACAGUACAGGCUUGGACCGUUUGGAUUCUUGGCCUCAGAUGAGGUGGUCACCAAGGGCGUGGCCAACGCUGGAUUGUUAGAUCAAUUCUUUGCUCUUCAAUGGGUUCAGACAUACAUCAGUCAAUUUGGCGGUGAUCCCUCUGCCGUCACCAUCUCUGGAGAAAGCGCUGGAGCGGGUGCCGCCUUACUCCACGACAUCGCAUAUGGCGGAUCCAUGGGUGACUCUCUUUUCCGUAGCACCAUCGCGGCAUCACCAUUCCUUCCUAGACAGUACGCCUAUAAUGACCAGGCCCCUACGCAAGCCUACUAUUCCCUGGCCAGUCAAGCCGGGUGUCCGUUGGGGGCAUAUGGAAAUCGGAACGAAACGCUCUUUGAGUGCCUCGUGUCAAAGGAUACAGCGACACUACGGGAUGCCGCAAUUGCGGUGACCAACACAGGAUCCUACGGUACCUGGGCCUUCUUGCCUGUCACUGAUGGUGUUUUCCUUCAGGGCGCACCAAGUAAGCAACUGCUUGAGAAACGCGUGAACGGCCGUAAUGUCCUGGUUGGGAACAAUGCGAACGAAGGCCCAUUGUUUACGCCGCAAAACAUCACCUCCGAGGCGCUCCUACUCGACCGCCUUCGUUCUAUUUUGCCUGAGUUCAGCGAUAACGACCUUACCAACGUGUUACUUCACUACCCCAUCGCAGACGACACGAAUAAUGUGAAGUUUGCAACCACUGGUACAUCUAGACCUAGUGCAUUGGACCAAAGUGGGCUUGCUACCGGCCAGCAGCAGCGUGCAAAUAACAUAUACGCAGAGCUCACCUUCGUGUGUCCAUCUUAUUGGAUGGCCGAAGCUUUUGCGAGCAGAGGACGCACAGCUUACAAGUACCAGUACAGCGUGGCCCCAGGUACACACGGGAUUGAUACCCUGGGUUAUUUUGGACCCUAUGGAUCGGUAGCAUUCCUCAGUGAGGACUUCCAAAGGGCUUUUAUGAACAUUUGGGGCAACUUCGUCACUCGGGAGAACCCUUCCAUCACGGACUCACUAUUCACGGGAUCCUCAAAUUCGUCGACACGUCUUGGAGCAGACCCUUCAAUUCAAUGGCCUCUCUUCUCGGCUUCCACUUCUUACCAGCAACUCAACCUCAAUCAGACAGGUGGUGUUCCAACAGUAGGCAGUUUCGAGGUCUCCUCGCCCGUAAACACGACUUAUCUGGUUGGUCCCGGUCUGCAGAACAACUUCGGAUUUGUAGAUGCGUAUACCUGGGAGGAUGGCCGUGGUGCAAGAUGCGAGUUUUGGAGAAGCACUGCAAAGUUAAUCCCCGCGUAAAGGGACCACCAGAGAGAGAACCACAGUACAGGAUUGAUAUCGUUGGGAGAAAAGUUGGAAUUCGUAAGAGAUUGGACGAAGUCGACCAGGUAAGCAUGC